UGCUAAUGAGCUGAGUUGCCAGGCAAGGCAGGAACUUAUUUCCCCUGCUCUGUGUCAGGAUCGCAGAAAUUAUGCCCCUUCUCUCACCAUGAGCUGGCUCUCCAGUUCCCAGGGAGUUGUGCUAACUGCCUACCACCCCAGCGGCAAGGACCAGGCCGUGGGGGGGAGCCAUGCCAAGGGAGGGGAGGAAGCCACCUCCAGUCGGAGACAUGGCCAGUAUACAAUGAACCAGGAAUGCACCACCAGAGUCACAGAGAAGCCUCCGUUUGAUCGAUCAAGUUCCCAGGAUUCCUUGGAUGAAGAAUCUAUGGAAGACUAUUGGACAGAACUAGAAAACAUCAAGAAAUCCCGUGAAAACCGACAAGAUCAAGAGGUGGUGGUUGUCAAAGAGCCUGAUGAGGGAGAAUUGGAAGAGGAGUGGCUUAAAGAGGCUGGUUUGUCCAAUCUCUUCGGAGAAUCUGCCGGCGAUCCCCAGGAAAGCAUGGUGUUUUUAGCCACACUGACCCGGACCCAGGCGGCAGCUGUUCAGAAGCGGGUAGAGACAGUCUCCCAAACCUUCAGGAAAAAAAACAAACAGCACCAGAUUCCUGAUGUCAGAGACAUAUUUGCUCAACAGAGAGAGUCAAAAGACAAAGCUCCAGAUGGCACUGAAUCGCAGUCAGACAGAACAAAUGAAAACAAAUACAAAGGAAGAGAUGACCAAGCCUCCAACCUCGUUGGUGAAGAAAAGCUGUUCCUACCUGAAGAUGCUCCUGCCUCUGAAACAGACAUCAACCUGGAGGUGUCAUUUGCUGAGCAAGCAGUCAGCCAGAAAGAGAGUGCCAAGGAGAAGACCCAGAAGGGCGCAGACGACAGUGCACAGUUACCUAAUUUCAGAUUGCCAAAAGACAAAACAGGGACCACCAGGAUCGGUGACCUCGCACCCCAGGACAUGAAGAAAGUUUGCCGUUUAGCUCUCAUUGAGUUGACCGCCCUCUAUGAUGUUUUGGGUGUGGAACUGAAACAACAGAAAGCUGUGAAAAUCAAAAUGAAAGAUUCUGGUCUUUUCGGGGUUCCGUUGACAGUAUUGAUAGAACAAGAUCAGAGGAAAGUACCAGGAACUCGAAUACCCCUGAUCUUUCAAAAACUGAUUUCUCGAAUUGAAGAAGGUGGUUUGGGAACUGAAGGCCUCUUACGAAUACCUGGAGCUGCCAUGAGAAUCAAGAAUCUUUGCCAAGAACUGGAAGCAAAGUUUUAUGAGGGGACUUUUAAUUGGGAAAGUGUCAAGCAGCAUGACGCCGCCAGCCUGCUGAAGCUCUUCAUCCGGGAGCUGCCCCAGCCUUUGCUCAGCGUGGAAUAUCUCAAAGCCUUCCAGGCUGUCCAGAGUCUUCCCACCAGGAAGCAGCAGUUACAGGCUCUGAACCUCCUUGUCAUCCUCCUGCCCGAUGUGAACAGGGACACGCUGAAGGCUCUGCUUGAAUUUCUCCAAAGAGUAAUAGAUAAUAAAGAGAAGAAUAAAAUGACCAUCAUGAAUGUAGCAAUGGUCAUGGCCCCGAAUCUCUUUAUGUGUCAUGCAUUUGGUUUGAAGUCCAGUGAACAGCGAGAAUUUGUAAUGGCCGCUGGAACAGCAAAUAUCAUGCACUUACUGAUUAAGAAUCAAAAACUCCUGUGGACAAUUCCCAAGUUUAUUAUCAACCAAGUGCGGAAACAAAACACUGAAAAUCAUAAAAAGGAUAAAAAAGCCAUGAAGAAACUGCUGAAGAAAAUGGCUUAUGACCGAGAAAAAUACGAAAAGCAAGAUAAGAAUACAAAUGACGAUCUUGCAUGGGCAGCUGCAGAAGACCUGGACUUUGUCCAGGUUUGGGUAAGUGCACUCUGUAGCUGUCCACGGAGGGUGCAGGCGAGAACAGCGGGACUUCUGAGGCUGGUGGUUAGGCCCUCCUUGGCACUUUCACAGGCUGACGUUCCUCAGGGAGUGAUUCGAGUGCAAGCUCCCCAUCUUUCCAAAGUUUCCAUGGCAAUACAGCUUACUGAAGAACUGAAAGCCAGUGAUGUACUUGCCAGGUUUCUCAGCCAAGAAAGUGGGGUUGCCCAGACACUCAAGAAAGGAGAAGUUUUCUUGUAUGAAGUUGGAGGAAAUAUUGGGGAACGCUGCCUGGAUGAUGACACGUACAUGAAGGACUUGUAUCAGCUCAAUCCGAAUGCUGAGUGGGUUAUAAAAUCAAAGCCGUUGUAGAGGAGGGAGCAGGUUGCAGCUAACCAACCUUGCGGACUUCUGUAAUAAUUCUUGCUGAGUCAAGAAUGUAAAUAAAAGAAAUGGCAGGACUCUUCUUCAACUGUACCCAACUAUUAAAAAGUGACACUCUCAAGCCUUAAAAAGUUAUAGAUUCGUGCUGCUGCCAGAAUUAUGUUAACUGUUAUUAUUAUUAUAAAACAAAUAUUUGCAGAGUGAGAAGAAAGAGGCUUAAUUCACUUAUGGGCUAUUUUUGUACUCUCUGAAAUGUGUCCAGAUGUGAUACCAUUUUUUUAAUAUGAAAAUAAUACUCUCUUUCUACUCACUUUUUUCUCCUAAAAUCAUACAUCCCAUAAUGCUUGCUUUCUUCCCUUUCUUAACUGCUUCACCUCUGCCCUCCCCCACUUAGGUUAGCUUUUUAAAGAAAAAGACAAAUACCAGGCUUGGCGAGCUGCGAAGACAGCACAUAUUAAAACAUACCUAAUUUCACAGUAUUCCUGUCGCUGGAAUGUUAGCAUUCAGCCCUUUGAAUCAUUUGUUCCAAUAAUAACAUUCUGCUGCUUCUUGCUGUAUCACAUGAGGUGAUUUGCAUUCUUUUUUCAGUUCAUCUGACAUAUGUGCACAGAACUGUAUCCUCCGUCAAGGAAAGAGGACUGUCAGAGCUGCUGGUUAUUACCCAACCAUUAAAUCCUGAUAGCCUAAGAAUAAAUAAAAUAUACCCACGUGAAAUAACUGGAUUACGGAUAAAAACAGAGGGAGGGCCAGAUCACUUUGUGUAUGCUAUGUUCUUCCAAAUGGAAUUGAAAGAGUCAUAGGUGGCUUUACCUCUGGGCACAUGAGCAUUAGAAAUAUGCAGGGUGGUGCAAUCCAGUAGUGGUUGAAUAAUAUAAUAUAGUCUACUUAAGGAGGGAAUUUUUUUUUUUAUUCUUCUGGGUAUAACACGGUCAUGUGAACAAGCUUUUCUUUGUGUACUUAUUUUAAAUUAUCAGAGUCCAUUUAUUAAAAUGUUACGGAAAGUACCAUUCCCAGGGAUCUGAGUGCAGGGACCGUAUUGUGAUGAGAGAGGAGUCUCUGUCCUGUAAAUAAGAGAAAUGAAGGAAGAGCGAACUGUUAAAUAUUUUAUGAGUUUAGAGUGUAGUAAAUAAAAGGUGAUGUACAUGAAUGCUGCACAAACUGUGUUUAUGAUACUUUUAGUAGUGCUUUAGGAAAAAUUACACAUUCUCAGAAGCUCUUGAUGUCAUUCUAAUUAGGAGAGAAAAUGCUGUUAAUGAGAACAGUCAUAAAUUUUUAGCAUAUAAUUACAAGAGCAGCCUGUGGAUAUAUGAUCACUUAAAUAAUAAUUUUGUGGUGAUUUGUGCCAUUGUUUUUUUUAUUUAGAAGGAAAUUUUAUAAUUAAAUGUCUUUUU